AUGGCAAAUAAUGUUGUUGUUGAAACACAUUAUACACAAAAUAUGAAUCGUUCAUUAACAGGUGAUUCUGAAACAUAUCAACAAUGUAAUUAUCAAACAUUUCAAAUGCUUGUCCUUUCUGUUGUUGAUCAAUUAAAUACUGAUGAAGUUCGACUAAAACAUCUUCAUAAUAUUGCUGAAAAUAUUGAAAUUCUUUCGACUUUACCAAAUUAUGCAAUAUAUAUUGAUUUAUUAGUUAAAAAUUUUCUUAGAUCAUUAAUUGAAACAGAUACUGUAUUUAUCAUACCUAGUAAUGCACAAACAAUUCGGAAACAAAUGAUUGAAGUUUUUCAUCGUUUACCAAUAACUGAAGCACUUCGUGGAUUUGUUAAAGAUAUUCUUUCUCCAAUGUUUAAAUUAUUAACAAAAGAAAAUGAAGAAAAUGCAUUACUUUUAUUACGUAUUAUUGUUGAAUAUAUGAAACAAUUUCGUCCACAAAUGAUAAUGGAAGUUCGUGAAUUUCUUCAAUUUGUUCAUAAUGUUUAUCGACAAAAAGCUUCAGCACUUGAUCAAAUUUUUUUAACAAAAACAUUUUCUCAUCCAACAUUAACAAUUAAUGAAAUUGAUUUAUCAAGUAUUAUUGAACAAAUAUGUACAUCUGUUAAAUUAAUUGUUAAAAAAAUUCAAAAUUUUCCCGUACAAUCAUCAAUAACAACAGAUGAAACAACUAAUUCAACACCACAUGCUGUAACAGAUACAUUUACAAUUCUUUCUCGUGCAUCACAUUCAGUAAAAUUAUUAGCUGAAUUUCCAGUUGCUAUUGUUCUUCUCUAUCAACUUUGUCGACAAUCAUUACAAGCUGAAUUUGGUGAAUUAGUACCAUUAUUUUUAAGAUAUCUUACAUUACAACCAAGCAAAGAACAAAAAAUUGAUCCGAAAUUUAAUAUGGAAAUUUAUAUUGAAUUUCUUACAACACAAGCAAAAACAUUAUCAUUUCUUGCUUUUGUUGGUAAAACAUAUCAGGAACAAUUAGCAUUAAAUAGUGAUUUAUUAGUAAUUGCAAUUUUUCAAUUACUCGAUGGUUGUCCACCUGAAAAUGUUCAAUUACGAAAAGAUAUUAUUGUUGCUGCUCGACAUUUUGUUUCUUCAGAUUUUCGAACAUUAUUCAUUCCACAUGUUAAAAGAUUUUUUGAUGAAAAUUUAUUACUUAGUACAGGUUAUACUGCACGUGAAACACUUAAAGCAUUAGCUUAUAAUACAUUUGGAGAAUUUUUUAAUCAUAUACGUGCAAGUUUAUCUAUUGAAGAUCUUCAAAAUGUAUUAUAUAUGUAUUCAAAAAUGAUUCAUGAUUCAAGUUUACCACCAACAAUACAAGUAACAAGUUUAAAAUUUUUAACGAAUAUUGCAGAAUCAAUACGUCAAAAAGGAUCUGAAAAAUCUCGUGAUCUACUUAUACAUGUUGUUGAAACUCUUGUUUUUAAAUGUAAAAGUUUAGCUAAACAAUGUGCUCAUUUAUCAAAUAAUUCUAAUGAAAAAACAAAUGCUGUAACAAUUCCAUCUAUUAAUGAAGUUGAUGUAACAACGAGUACAUUGAAUGAACUUGUUCAAAAUAUGAAUGAUAUAACAAAUAGAGAAAAAGAACUUCAACGUCAACAAUUAUCAUUAAUACGUUUUCAAGCAACAUCACCAUUAAUUUAUACAUUAUCAUCAAAUGAUUGUCGUACAUUAUUAAAAGUUCUUGUUAGUAGUUUACGUCAUAUAACAUGGAUAUUAGCUGAUGUUAAAAUAUCUGAAAAUCUUGUUACACAACCAAAACAAUUUGUACCAUCAAUAACAAUUUUAUAUAUAAAAUUUUUUAAAUAUAUUCUUCAAUGUUUAAUUAUUUUUUUUGAUUCAACAUCAACAAUAAAUUCAAAUGGAAAUUCUUCAACAAUAAAUAAUACAACUACAAUAACACGUAAUAAAGAAGAAAAAGAAAUAAUGGAUAUGAUUGCAAGUGUAUUUAUUGUUAUGCAUAAACAAAAUUAUCGUGAAAUAUUUGAAAAUAAUUUAUUAUAUUUUUAUCAAUGUGCUAAUAAAAAUCCAAAUAUAACAUUAAUUAUGAAUACAUUAUUACAACAAUCACCAUCAUCAACAAUACUUGUUGAAUUAUUACUUGAAUUUUUAUUACCACGUAUAAAUGAAAUAGGUGAAACAAAUAAUACAAAUAAUGCUUGUUUAAAAUUAUUUAAAUUAGUUAUAAAUAGUGUUGUUACAACAACAUUAGCUACUGAAAAUGAAAAAAUUCUUCAACCAUAUUUAAAACAAAUUAUUUUACGUUCAAUUGAAUGUGCACAAUUAACACAAGAUCCAUAUAAUUAUUUUAUAUUAUUACGUGCACUUUUUCGUAGUAUUGGUGUUGGUAAUCAUGAAUUAUUAAAUCAAGAAUUUUUAACUUUAUUACAUUUUCUUUUACAACGUUUAAAUGAAUAUCAAUCAUGUAAACAUCGACAAAAUUUAAGAGAAUUAUUUAUUGAAUUAUGUUUAACUGUACCUGUACGUUUAAGUGUUUUAUUACCAUAUUUACCAUUAUUAAUGGAACCAUUAGUUAAUGCAUUAAAUGGUUCAUCAACAUUAAUUUUACAAGGUUUACGUACAUUAGAAUUAUGUGUUGAUAAUUUACAACCAGAUUUUCUUUAUAAUCAUAUUUUACCAGUACGAAGUAGUUUAAUGAUAUCAUUAUAUCGUUUAUUAAAUCAUUCAAAUAAUGAUAUUGCACAAAAUACAUUUCGAAUAUUAGGUAAAUUAGGUGGAAAUAAUCGACGAAUACUUAAUGAACCACAACAAAUUAAAUAUGAUAAUGAAGAUUUUGAUAUUGAACAACAAAAUGAAAUUUAUAUACAAAUGUUUUUUGAAAAUGAAUCUAAAUCAAUUAGUAUACCUUUAUUAAAAAUUCUUCAAACAUGUGUUGAUCAAUUAAAAUCUACUAUUACUGAUCAACAUCAAAUAAAACGUCAAGCAUGGCUUAUAGUUCGAAGUGUUCUUUCUGUUCUUAUAUCAAAUGAUGAUGAUCAUGAUUUAGUUACACAUCUUUUAAAUCAUCCAAGUUUUUUAAAUGGUACAAUAUCUCAAUGUCCAUUAAUAUGGAAUACAAAUAUUGAUAUAAAAUCUAGUCAUGGUCAUAUUUUACUUCUUCAAUGUCUACAUCAAGCUGCAACAUGUAAAACAUUAACUGAUGAUGUUCUUCCUAUAUUAAAAUCUACUAUUCAACAUUAUACAUUUGUUUCAUUAACACAACAAAUAGGUCCUUUAUCUUCUGAAACAUAUGAUACAAAUGAUACUAUUGAUUGUUCAAUAAUUUUAAUUGAUAGUAUAGUUUCUUGUUAUAUUGAUAUUGAUGAUGAAUUAAAUUCAAUUGGUCGUAUAUCAUUUGAAACAUUAUUUAAUACAUUACUUAUAAUAUUUAAUAAUAAUUAUCAACGUAUAACACAAUUACCUAUAAUAAAUUAUUUAAUACAUACAUUAUGUAAUCAUUGUCAUGAUCGUAUGUGGUAUUCAAAACAAGGUUCAUGUCGUUUUCUUUAUCAAUUAUGUUUAAAUUAUUUUCGAAAAGAAUCAAAUUGGUUUUUAGAAAAUUUAAAUCAAAUAUUAAAUGAAUUUUUUCAUGUUAUUAUAUCAUUAACAGAUGAAAUAUCAUCUGGUACAUUAGAUAUAAUAUCAAAUAUGAUAAAAGAAUUUCUUGAAUAUUAUGCUAAUAUUAAAUUAAAUGAAAAUCUUAAUGAAAAUUUAAUUGAAUUAUUACUUAAUUAUUUAUUUUCACCAAUAAAUUAUGUACGUAAUUUAAUUUAUGAUUGUUUACGUCAAUUAAGUUUUCUAUUUCAACAAACAAUAUUACGUUUAAUUGAACCAUUUAAAAAUGAUUUAAUAAAAAAAUUUUUAUCAUCAAAUAUAUUACCAUUUAAAAAUCAAUCAUUAUUAUAUCAAAUAACAUAUUUAGAUAUAUAUAUUUUUUUUCGUACAUUAGAACCUAAAAUAACAUAUAUACAAUUAUAUGAUGAUGAUUUAUUUAAAGAAUUAACAACAUUUUUAUUUGAUGAAAAUGAUUUAAUUAAAUCAUCAUCAUAUCGUUCAUUAACACAACAACAAUUAACAUUAAAUAUGAUAUUAUUAAAAAAAUUAUCUAUACGUACAUUAAGUGAAUAUUAUGAACAAAUUGAAUAUCGUGAUCGUGUAUUAAGAUUAUUUUAUAAAAUUUUAACAACAAUACAAACAAAUGAAUUACAAUUAAUUGCAUAUGAAUCAAUUGAAAAAAUUUUUAAUGGUCAUCAAAAUGAACAAUUACGUUUACGUUUUGUUGAUUUAUAUAUACAAAAAAUACCAUUUCAUGAUUAUGAAAAAUUAAAUUUAACACCACAAAUAGCACAAACAUUAUUUUAUUUAUCAAAAUUAUCACCAAAUUCAUUUGAUGAACGUCUUUGUGAACAAAUACUUAAUUUAAUACGACGAUUAAUGCAAACUAUUGCACAAACAUUUCGUUCAAUUAUUGAUACACAAAAUCAAUUUUAUAAAACAUGUUUAAUUUUAUUAGAUUUAUUAGCAACAUUACCAAGUUCAACAAAAAAAAUUAUUGAAUCUUUAACAAUUCUUAUUUUAAAAUUUGAUAAACAUCUUAUGAUUGAAUCAAGUAGUGCUUGUCGUAAAUAUUUAAUUGAAUUAUUAAUUCGUCAUCCUCAAUUAAGUCUUGAUCAAUUUAUAAAUGAUGAAAAUCGUUUACAAGAUUUACAAUGGAGUCGUCUUUUUCUUGAUUUAUUAAAAAGUUCAUCAUCAUCAAAUAUUCAAACAUUUGUACGUACAAAUUGGCUUGAUCGUUUUCGACAAAUUCUUAGUGAUCAUAUUGUUUUUAUUGAAACAACACAAAAUAUACCUUCAAUUAUAUGUAUUACAAUACGUUCAUUAUCAAUAUUAGCACGUACAGAUCAAUUAUGGUGGUCAAGACAACAUGAACUUGUUUCAUUAUUAUUACGUUUAUGGCGUUCAAAUACAUUUCAACAACAUUCAUUUUUAUCAUCCGAACAUUUUGAUUCAUUUUGUACAAAAGAAUUAAAUAAUGUUCUUAAUUUAUGUUUAAUUUAUUAUAAAUAUCAACCUGAACGUAUACGUUUAUUACUUGAAUUAACACGUAUAUAUUCAUGUAUAGAAAAAUUAUUUUAUCCAAAAAAAUUUUUUCAUUUUAUACAAGAUAUUAUUAUAAAAACAUAUUCAUUAAAAUGGAAACGUGAUGCAUUAUAUUCAUUUAUAACAUUACGUAAUGAUGAAUCAUAUACAUUAGAAUGUAAAUCAUUAUUUUUUGAAUAUAUUUUAUUACCAUCAUUUACAUAUGAAUUUGAAAAUAAUAAAAUACAUAUAAAUAAUGAAUUAUUUCAAAUAAAUCCAAAUAAUGAUGAAACAAUUAUUGAUUUAUUUAUACGUACAAUGAUUGAUAAAAAAUAUCUUCAUCAAAUAAAUGAUAAAUAUCGUAUAUGUUUAUUACGUUUUUUAUGUUUAUUUCUUGAAUAUAAACCACAAUUAAUAUGUGAUACAAAUUCAUCAAUAACAAAUAAACGUGAUAAUGAAAAAUUACGUCGUGUUAUGGAAUGUGCAUAUGAAACAUUAUCAAUGAAUAAUAUUGAUUCAACAUUUAAAUGUCAAGCACAUUUAUUACUUUGUUAUAUUAUAUCAAAAUAUCCUAUUGUUAAACGUAUAAUAACAAAUGUAUUUACAAGUUUAUUAAAAUCAUAUAUAAUUGAUGUUAAAUUUUUAGUACGACAAGCAACUGAUUUAUUAAUACCAGCUAUACCAAUACGUAUGGAUGAUGGUUAUGAUAUAUUAGCUGAAUAUACAAAAAAAAUUCUUUCCGAUGAUGCACAUGGAAAUUUACAAUUAAUGCAUAUUAUGACAAUUAUUGUACGUCAUCAAAUAAUUUAUUUUCAUGUAAGAUAUAUAUUAGCUAAUUUAAUGAUACAAUCAGCACAAAGAAUAUCAGGACAACAAACAAAUUCAAUGGAACAUAAAAAAUUAUCUAUUGAUAUUAUUGAAGUUAUUAUUAAAUGGGAAUUACGAAAACAUUAUGAACAAAUAAAUGAUCAAAAAAAUUUUAAUCGUUCAUUAAUUGAUACAAUAUUUAGUUUUCUUAUACGACAUGCAUGUCAAAUUAAUUUACAAAAUAUGUUACCUUUAUCACAACAAUGUAUUAGAUUAUUUAAAAUUGCAAGAAAAUUUGCAUGGCCUAAUGUUGAUGUUAAAUUAACAACUUUUGAAAGAUUAAUACAUCAAAUUGAAUCACCAAAUAUUACAGCUCAUAAUUCAAUUGCGAUUGCUAUUGAUCUUCUUGCUUUUCUUAUAUCAACAUUUACUGUUAUACAAAUAAAAUAUACUAUGCGUACAUUAAAACGUUCAUUAAUAACAUGUGUAUCAAUAACAAAUAAUCCACGUUUAGUUGAAUCAAUGCAAAAUCUUUUUAGUAAACUUAUUAUUCAAAUUCCUAUUGAACCACCAGCAGCUAUUAUUCCUACAACAACAACAACAGCAACAACAAAUACUCAACAAGGUUUAUCACCACAACUUGUACAAGCAACAUUAGCUUCAUUAGCAACAGCAACAGCAACAGGAACAACAACAACAAAUAAUCAACAAUCAAUUUUAACAAAUAAUUUACCAUUAUCAACACAUACAAUAAGUAAAAGUGAAGAUAUUGAACAAUUUUAUACGAUUAUAACAAAAACAAUUAUUGAUAAUAUGAAUAGUACACCAACAUCAAUUGUUAAUACAACAGAUAGGUAA